UUCACAGCAUGUAUCCAAAACUCACUGGCUUUAAUGCACAAUUUUUCACUCAAAUUCCUUCCACUGUAUUUUACAGCAACGACAUUUAGGAGAAGGGGUUGUGCAUGAGACGUGGAAGGAAAUAGCCUACCAGAGAUUUGCGCAUAAUGUUAGGUACCGAGAAGUGCGCAAAAAAGUGUCUGUAGUUUUCGAACACACCGCCCCUCACCCUGCCACCUUUUCUCUAGCGCCCUGCCCUCUCUUUGAAGAAAGUCUGAUUGCUCGAAAUGUUUUUUUUACAAGACGAUUGGAGUCCGUUUACUAAAAACAUGGUGAAGAUGCAGAGGAAAACCUCGUCAUUCUUUUAAAAAAAAGACAGAAAGCCCCAGCCCUGUCCUCAGUCAGGAGGUUGAUAGUUCAAGAGGGCGUGGACACAAAGAUGACAUUCACCACGGGGGACAUUUCGUCGUUCUUCGACGAGAACACGACCUACGAAGACUACAACUACACCGAGGGCGACACGUGCUGCGUGGGUGGCGUGUGCACGCAGCACAGCACCAUGCGCUUUGAGGCGGUGUUCGUGCCCGCGCUCUACUCCGUGCUGCUGGUUCUGGGCCUGCUGGGGAACGGGCUGGUCCUGGCGGUGCUGGCGCAGCUCCGGAGGGGGUGGAGCGUGACCGACACCUUCAUCCUGCACCUGGCGGUGGCCGACACCCUGCUCCUGCUCACGCUGCCCUUCUGGGCGAAGCAGGCCGCCAGCGGGUGGAGCUUCGGCACGCCCGUGUGCAAGAUGGCCGGGGCGCUCUUCCAGAUUAACUUCUACUGUGGGAUCUUCCUGCUGGCAUGUAUCAGUCUGGACCGCUACCUGUCCAUCGUCCACGCCGUUCAGAUGUACUCACGCAAGAAGCCCUGGCUGGUGCAGACCAGCUGCCUGUGCGUGUGGGUCUUCUGCCUGCUGCUGUCCAUCCCGGACUGGGUCUUCCUGCAGGCGGUGGCGGACGCGCGGAGGGACGACAGGGUGGAGUGCGUGCACGUCUACACGCUGUACUACGACAGCUCCAAGGACUGGCGCCUGGGCUCCCGGCUCCUCUACCACACCGUGGGCUUCCUCCUCCCCUCCGCCGUGAUGGUCGUCUGCUACUCCUGCAUCCUGUUUCGUCUCCACCGGGGCAGCCAGGGCCAGCAGAAGCAGAAGGCCAUCCGGGUGAUCCUGGCGCUGGUGGCGGCCUUCUUCGUCAGCUGGACGCCGUACAACGUGACGCUGAUGGUGGACACGCUGCACGACAGGGAGGCCAUCGAGGACACGUGCGGCACCCGCACCGCCCUGGACGUCUCCCGGGCCGUCACCUCCGCCCUGGGCUACAUGCACUGCUGCCUGAACCCGGUGCUCUACGCCUUCGUGGGCGUCAAGUUCCGCCGCCACCUGGUGAGGAUGCUGAAGGUGCUGGGCUGCAAGCUGAAGGGGCAGGUCCGCUCGGGCUCGCGCCGCAGCUCCGUCUGGUCCCAGUCCGGGAACACCUCCACCUCGGGGUUCUGAGGACGCCUGUGUGCGGCGUCGCCGCGCGCCCGCGGGUUAGCGACGGCUGCGUUUUUUUGUGGGGACCGGGCCUGGUUUGCCGGCUGCCAGACGGGGUUCUGCUGUUUAUAAACUGAAUUUUAUUCAGUAUAUAUGCAGCGGUACAAUAUAUAAUUGGAUCAUGCGAAAGAAAUACAAAGAAUAUUAAAGGACGU